AGCGGCGGGCGAUGCUAGAGGUUCGCGAGCCCGAGCGGCUGCAGCUGGCGCCGCGUCUGCCCCGCGUGCCCCGAGUGGAUUCUGCCCGCCGCCCCCGGAGCGCCUGGCGCCCCGCUGAGCCCGCGGUCGCUUCCUCCCCGUGACGGACCGUCGCUGCAGCUCAGGGCCUGGCAAUGCCGUUUGGGUGUGUGACUCUGGGUGACAAGAAGAAUUAUAACCAGCCAUCAGAGGUGACUGACAGAUAUGAUUUGGGACAGGUCAUCAAAACUGAGGAGUUUUGUGAAAUCUUCCGGGCCAAGGACAAAACAACAGGCAAGUUGCACACCUGCAAGAAAUUCCAGAAGCGGGAUGGCCGUAAGGUGCGGAAGGCAGCCAAGAAUGAGAUAGGCAUCCUCAAGAUGGUGAAGCACCCCAACAUCCUGCAACUGGUGGAUGUGUUUGUGACCCGCAAGGAGUACUUCAUUUUCUUGGAGCUGGCCACGGGGAGGGAAGUGUUUGACUGGAUCCUGGACCAGGGCUACUACUCGGAGCGAGACACAAGCAACGUGGUGCGGCAGGUCCUGGAGGCUGUGGCCUACCUGCACUCACUCAAGAUCGUACACAGGAACCUCAAGCUGGAGAACCUGGUUUACUAUAACCGGCUGAAGAACUCGAAGAUCGUCAUCAGUGACUUCCAUCUGGCCAAGCUGGAGAAUGGCCUCAUCAAGGACCCCUGUGGGACCCCCGAGUAUCUGGCCCCAGAGGUGGUGGGCCGGCAGCGAUACGGACGCCCUGUGGACUGCUGGGCCAUUGGAGUCAUCAUGUACAUCCUGCUUUCAGGGAACCCACCCUUCUAUGAAGAGGUAGAAGAAGAUGAUUAUGAGAACCAUGACAAGAAUCUCUUCCGCAAGAUCCUGGCUGGCGACUAUGAGUUUGACUCUCCUUACUGGGAUGACAUUUCACAGGCGGCCAAAGACCUGGUCACUCGGCUGAUGGAGGUAGAGCAAGACCAGCGGAUCACCGCAGAGGAGGCCAUCUCCCAUGAAUGGAUUUCUGGCAAUGCUGCUUCUGACAAGAACAUUAAGGAUGGUGUCUGUGCCCAGAUUGAAAAGAACUUUGCCAGGGCCAAGUGGAAGAAGGCUGUCCGAGUGACCACCCUCAUGAAACGGCUCCGGGCACCGGAGCAGUCCAGCACUGCUGCAGCCCAGUCUGCCCCAGCCACAGAUACUGCCACCCCUGGGGCUGCAGACCGUAGUGCCACCCCAGCCACAGAUGGCAGUGCCACUGAUGGGAGCAUUACCCCAGCCACAGAUGGGAGCAUCACUCCAGCCACUGAUGGGAGUGUCACCCCAGCCACUGACAGGAGUGCCACUCCAGCCACUGAUGGGAGAGCCACACCAGCCACAGAAGAGGGCCCCAUGCCCACCACCCAAAGCAGUGCCACAUCGGCCCCCAAGUUAGCUGCCACCCCUGAGCCGGCUCUGGCCCAGCCGGACAGCACAGCCCCAGAGAGUGCAACAGGCCAGGCCGUACCCUCUAGUAAGGGGGAAGAGGCUGCUGGCUGUGCCCAGGCAUCUCAAAGGAAGGAGACCAGCUGAGUGGGCAGGCUGGUGGUUGGGAAGGUGGGGGAUGGCAGGAGGGUGGGAGAGUGGAUGGGGGCUUCUCACUGUACAUAGUCACUGGCAUGAUGCCCCCUUCCCUGACCUGCCCCUCUGCCCCUGAGUGUGGGGCAUACCCUGCAGCCACGGGAAAGCAGUUUCGUCUCCCGUGUGUAUGUAUGUGAGUGGUGGGCAGGCCAGAGGCAGGGUGGGCCCCAGCCCCUGCAUGGAUUCUUUGUGGCUUUUCAGUCUUUUGCUAGCUUCACCAGUUUUCUGUUCCUUGUGGGAUGCUGCUCU